AUGAAGUCGGUAUUCAAGGGUCUCGAGCAUCUCCUGGUCGAUGAAUUCAGUCCAUUUUGGUUUGCGCAAGUCGUUGGGACAGGAAUUUGCUCGACAAUAUUACACUCUUACCAGAUGCCAUGGUUACUUUGGUGUUCUUAUAUUAUGUUUAGCAUAGCCUCGCUUUUACUGAUACUGACGCUUGCUCUUAUGCUGACGAACAUGACUCGCACCGUGAGAAAGACGGGGCUUAGGCAAUACUUUGCCAAAUAUUUCGAUGAGCCUGGAAAUAAUGUUUUUUGGGCAUUUUUACCAAUGGGAUUGGGAACACUGGUAAAUUUCCUAUCGCAGCUCUGCAACCAUGAGCUAAAAGAUUCAAGAAGAUCAAGAAGACUUUCAAUUGCUGUUUAUUCACUGUGGUGCCUUAAUACUGUCAUCUCUUUUGCAACAGCAUGGGGCGUCAAAUUUCUUUUAUGGAGAAGCCGUGAAGACAAGGAAGUCUUUAACCAAGACAAGCUUGGCCAAAGAAAUAGCGGCGAGGCCUUGAAGCCGCCUCACCUCCUCCCCAUUAUUCCAUUGCUCGUCGUGAGCUCAAGCAGUGGGCUGUUUACUAUGUCAGCUUCUUUCGCACAUUUUGCGGACCGCAAGAUCCAGCUUUCGAUUUUGAUAGCCACAAGUUUGAUUUGGCUUCAUGCGAUCUUUCUUGCCUUUUUUAUUAUUUGCUCCUGCGUUUGGGGAUUUUACAUAAACCGGUUUCCUCCAGGCAAGUUGGCUUUCACAAUGUUUUUGAUAAUCGGACCUCUAGGCCAAGCGAGCUUCGGAAUCUUGCUAUUAACGGAUAACAUCAAACGUUACAUUAUGCUUUACCUUCCAAUUACACAUAAAGAAUCUGUUAAUGCUCAUAUUGGGAAUUUGAUAGCAGCAAUGUCUUUCAAAACUCUCGGAUUUGCAGCUGGACUUGCAUUGAUAUCCUUGGGCAUAUUUUUCACUGUGAUGGCUUUUGCCGCAAUCCUUUCUUCAAGCAGAAAAACUCCGCCCGAUGAGCGUAAAUUCAAAAUGGUAACAUUUCACAAGGGCUGGUGGGCAAUGCCGUUUCCUCUAGGUACUAUGGCGGUCGCAAACAAAGAAUUCAGCAGGCAAUAUACACCGCAGAUAGGGGGCAGAGUAUUCGAGGUGAUAGGAAUAAUUUACGCAGUAUUGUGCACUACAGCCGUCGUAACAUGCAUGAUGGGAAGUAUCUACAUUUUUUGCACAGCUUGGAAAACAACCAUUCUCGAAGAUCAAAAAAACAGGCUUGCCAAGGGAGUUAGCAUCAAUCGCCCACAUGAAUUGGAUGUUUGA